AUGCAGAUGUCCAACAAGAUGCAGGUUCCAGACUGCCUCCCUGACCCAAACUGUGCCUUCAGCCAGGUAUCCAGGCGAAGCACGCCGCCGCCCGCGGCGAAGGGCUCCCGGCCGCGGGCCGGGAAAAGCCGGCCGCCCGGGACAGGGCCGGCCGAAGGCCGCGCGAAGGGCCCGCCGGCCAGGGAACCCCCGACGCCCGGCUGGGCCCUGACGGCGGAGGGGCUGGGCGGCAUGGUCCCCACGGAGCGCCGCCGCCACCUGCUCUUCGGGGACCUGCUGGAGGACGUGGGCGCAGCCGCCUCCAUCUUCCCGAGAGACUCGAUGGACAUGCCGUACCCCAUGCCCGACCCGCGCUCCUGGACUCAGGACCUCCUGACGCCGGCCGAGCGCCGCAGCCGGCUCCUGGGAGUCCUCCGCGCCGCCGAGGCCCGCGGCCGAGUGCGCGCCCUGCGGCUGCGCUACACUCGCAUGCGGGCGGAGGAGAUCGCACUGCUGGUCCAGCGGCAGGACUCGGCCCGCACCGCCAUCCGGCUGGAGCUCUUCCUGCCGCCGCAGCUGAAGCCCACGCGGAUCCCGGACCCCCUGGACCGACAGGAGCGGAGGCGCGUGGAAACCAUCCUGGAGGAGGCCGUGGACCUGUGAUGAAGGCGUCCUGACCACGCGGCUGUGCCCCAACUUCGCAGAUAAAGUUCCUUUCCGAAGUCUCUCUGGUCUUUCCCUUCGCCACUCCCCGCGGCCCGGCAAGGAAUAGGUGAGCAUGGACGCCGCCUCUCCACAUCGGUGGCGCGGACCCGGGGCAGUAAGGCGCCCUUCCAGUGUGCCACCCGUGUCCCCAGACUCCAGCCCAGCCACAGUCAGCAACU